ACUUACGUCAGUCCUGAGUUCUCGGUGCCUGACUAAUCUCUAUUUCUAAUGAAAAUAAACAAGUAAUUUAAUAAACGCGACCACCAAUGCGCUCUAAACAUCCUCCGUUGUUAACCACUGAUAUAUGGGUCACCUGAGCUGAUUAUUAUUUGUGCUGAACGUGAAUUACCAUUGAAAAUGAAGUACUCAACAUCGCCAACCCCUAGUACUUCGUCCAACUUUAAUUUCCCUCGUAGUACGUCUCCUUUGCCUGCCCCAGCCAACUACCAGCCUACGACGGCCAGCGCAGCCGUCAAGCGAUACAAAUACUUGCGGAGACUCUUCAAAUUCAAUCAGAUGGACUUCGAGUUCGCGGCGUGGCAAAUGGUGUACUUGUUCGUGUCGCCACAGAAAGUAUUCCGGAAUUUUAAUUAUAGAAAACAUACCAGAUCACAGUUUGCCAGAGAUGAUCCAGCGUUCCUUGUAUUACUUAGUGUUUGGUUAUUUUUGUCCUCUAUCUGUUUCGGGCUGGGCAUGGGCCUGGACUGGGGUCAGCUGGUGCUAUUCAUCAUAUUUGUCGUCUUUGUGGACUUCAUCGGAGCUGGCUUGCUGGUCUCCACUAUAUUUUGGUACAUAAGCAACAAGUACUUACGCCGCGACGCGGCGGCGCCCGACGUGGAGUGGGGCUACGCCUUCGACGUGCACAUCAACGCCUUCUUCCCGCCGCUCUCGCUGCUGCACUGCUUGCAGAUCGUGCUGUUCAACAGUUUAUUGAGCCAUGAGGGAAUCCUACCUUGCUUCGUGUCCAACACAUUCUGGCUCGCCUCCAUCAUAUACUAUCUCUACAUCACCUUCUUGGGAUACAGCAAUCUCCCGAUGCUGAGCAACACACGCGCGUUCCUACUGCCCCUACCCGCGCUCUGUAUAGCGUAUAUCGCCUCUCUACUGAUGGGCUUUAACCUCAGCCAUAUGCUUAAAGACUUCUACUUGUAUAGAGUGCUGUAACCGAGAACAGUCAACACCUUCGUUUUAAAGUUGGAGCAGAACAGAGCCAUGGAAAAACUACCUAUAUUAUUUUGUUAUCCAUCCAAUAAGAAUGUAAAGUUGUUAGUUGAAAACUAAACAAAAAGUAGGUGUCUAUAAUUCAAUCAUAAGAUUCAUCAGUCGUGUAAUUUCAAGCACUGAUGAUUAAAAGGCAAGCAUUGAUUCCAAACACAGCUAAAACUUCAGUUAUAAAAAAAUGGUAUAACAAAAAAACGUUUAAAAAACUUCGCGUUAAAACUAAAUAUCGUCACUACUUUGCAAAAAACUUGUAUCUUCUUAUGUAUGGAAUGUGUGAAAAGUUACUGCGUUUUAUAAGGAGCAGUGUGAGAUAAGAGAUUAUGUCAAAGCAGUGACGAUAUGUAGCUUCAUUGGUCAAUAGGAUGAAAUUGAAUUUAGUGCACUAGUUAAAAGCGCAAAUUUCUUCUGGUUGGUGAUACACAGAUAGAGCGUGAUUUUGCUUCAGCAGGUCACCUUAACUUCUACAAUUUUCGUUAGACACAAACUCCAAUUUGAUAACUCAUAUUAUUAUUACCUAUUAUAGGUAUUAGACUGUUUUGUCAUCAAUGACACUAAAAUGGGGUGUAGGAUAAGGAAACGCAUUUUUGUAAUAUAACCAUAGAAUGAAAAUUGUUGCAUGGGACUGCAUUAAUAAGUUAAUUAUUAAAAUAUCAUUGUACAUAGUCAAUAAUUAUGAUAUUUGUAUUAAAUGAUUACUUUCUAUUAUUAAUAAAAUUGUAAAUAGAA